CGUAUUUUGCUGCGUCGCCGUUGUUACCGCCCGUGGUGUGUCAGUGCGGUGUGUUGUAAAAGCGAAGCAUUCUCCAGUCUCAGGCGCAGUUCCCAAAGAAAGCAGUCAACAUGAUGAUGGCCCAGUGUUUUCAAAUCACGCCCGGUGUCCUCAAAACUGUCAUACAGCCGGGCUUCGGCCCGAGACCCAACGUCGGCGACAACAUCACCGUCCACUGCACAGGUCUUCUCACGAAUCCGCCGAGGAAAUUCUGGAGCACAAGAGAUCCUGGACAGCAGCCGUUCUCCUUCCGGGUUGGCGUUGGCGAAGUGAUCAGAGGAUGGGACGAAGGCUGCCUCUCCAUGCAGAAGAAUGAGGUGUCUAGGCUCACGGUGUGCGGCCAGAAAGCUUACGGAGCGCAAGGCUUCCCUGCGUGGGGGAUCCCCCCCAAUGCGGACCUGCAGUUCGAGAUCCAGAUCCUGGCCAUCAACGGCAUGUGAGGAGGGGCACAGGCGUCCUCCCCCGGCGGCGCUCUGGCGGCGAGGCGGGGCCACAGGCGGCGGUGCUGCUGCGCGACGUCCGUGUACUCCUCCCCCUUUGCUGUAAGGACUCCUUUUUUAUCUGCAACGUCCACCUUGUGACCAUUAAAAAAAGAGUUGCAGCUCAAUUCUCCUCCCCA